AUGAUCAGCUCCACGCAAAUAUCAAGGCUUGAUGGCCUAAUGCUCUGCGCCUCGGUCGAUGAUGAACAGACCGAGUCCACCCUCGCAGAGACCAAGCAGAACGUGCGCCAAGUCCUCCGCAAGCUCACCCGCAACUCCGAGUCCCAAGCCUCCAUCGAGACGCCCAACCACACGCUGCACUACCUCAUCGACUCGGACAUCGUCUUCCUCGCCAUCUGCGCUCCCUCGUACCCUCGCAAGCUCGCCUUUACCUACCUGGCCGAUCUCGCCCGCGAGUUCACCACCAACUACCCAGCCUCCCAAGUGCACAACCCUGCCCUGCGACCGUACGCUUUUAUGGAAUUCGACACCUUUAUCUCCAAGACGAAAACCACAUACGCCGACUCUCGUGCCACGGCCAACCUCGACAAGCUCAACGACGAGCUGCGUGAUGUCACAAAGGUCAUGACCAAGAACAUUGAGGAUUUGCUGUAUCGUGGAGAUAACCUGGAGCGCAUGGGCGAGAUUAGCUCGAGGCUGCGAGAUGACAGCAAAAAGUACCGACGGGCUGCCGUGCGCAUCAACUGGGAGCUUCUGCUUAAGCAGUAUGGUCCCUUUGGCGCCCUUGGCUUCAUCAUCAUCUUUUUCCUGUAUUGGCGAUUCUUUUAA